CCGCCGCCGUACUAAUCCCCACCAACAUUCUGCCACGGCAGGACUGGCGCUUCGGUGUCCCGGUGUUCCGUCCGAAACCAUCAUUCCCGUGGUAGCUCGUGUCUCGAUCUUGCCUGUGCCGCUCUCUUUGACUCCGAAGUGGCCGUCCACAUUAUCAUGCAGUAUCCGCCGUCAGUCCCGUAGACGCAACCGUCGGUGUUGCUCUAUACCGUCCCAUGUUUUUUCCCGCCAAAUUUUAAUUUUUUUUUUUUAAAAUGCGGCUGUCCACGUUUUAAAAACUGUGUGUCUAUCUAUAAACUAUUGUUUUCGCGGACGUUUUCGUAGCUGAUUGCCGGGUCGUCUUCGUAUUUUAACGUAGACAACCCGGCACGAAGAUGGCGGCGUCCGUCGUCAGCGUGCCAGCGAACGAAGGUAAAUUAUUUUAUUUUUUUUUUUACAUUCUUAGUUUUCGUUAUGGGUGCUUUCGUAAUAUUUUCGACGUACCCGUAGACGUCUGCGAUUAACGUUAUCGUUCUGACCAGCAUUAUCGGUCCGAUAAAAUCUAUUGGUAUUUUUAACGGUCGUUGGUUCAAAAGGGUUGGGCGUUCAGCGGGGUAGGUACCCGAGGGGGGGGGGACCUCGGGUACCUACCCCGAUAGCCGUUCGAUACUUAAGAAAAUACGAUUUCCGUCAUUUUGUUACUACCGUCGGUGUUCCGGUGUUGAACGAUAAUGUUUACAACAGUAACGGUCAUAUUAUUUCAGGUGAUGGGGGGUGAGGGGGUUAAUGGGGUAAAGAUCGAUGCUGAUUGUGUUCGAUAUGUAUUUAUUUUAUUACAGACUUGAGCGGCGGGUACCUAUGUAGGCCAUAAUAUUAUUUAGGUACGUACCUGUCGUUAUCGAGAAAGAAAGGAAACUGGUAGCGAGCGGCGGAUAUUCUCCUCCGCACCGGUUUGACCCCCCCCAUCCCUACCCUAAUAUGAAACUGCAAUUGACUGCAACGAGACGGGCGAAUAUUAUUGUGUUACCGUUCAAAAUAUUGUUAUCCGAUACGAAUGAUUUUUUUUUUCUCUAAUAGGUAGGUACAGGGGGUAUAUCACUAACGAAAAGCGUUGUUCAAAUGUUCUGGUAAUCGCGGAAAUCGCUGGUGGUUAUCUUACAACGGGAAACCUCGGUAACCGUUGGGAAAAUCGUGGCGUUCUGGAAUGUGGAUUCCGGUGAACACAGUAUUAAUCGGUGAUUUACCCUUUGGGUAAAUAGGUACCCGCCUGUUGACAACUAUAAUAAUAUUACUGUUUGCAAUAGUGUAACGGUAACCCGUUAUUAAUUUUGGGAACUGUUACUAAUUGUCAUCGUUGUUUUCAAAAUAACAGUUGCUUUGAAAUAUUUUAUGCUCAUUACUAGUAAGUUGACAACUGGAGCGCGUGAAAAUCCGGAACGAAUCGGGUCCGGAAAAUUAAAACCGGCAUGUAGAUCUCCGAUUAAUAUUCGUGUACGCCGGAUUCCAGAAUCCCGUGGAUUUUCACAACGAUUAUCGCGAUUUUUUUCUCGUAGCACAUUACCUACAACAUUUUCACGAUCGUUAAAUAUUAAUAAUUGUACACCGAUUAGCUGUUAAUCACCCUCCUGUAAAAACUGUACAAAAUGUGUUCCGCACGUUACCUCCGGGUGUCGUCGGUUAUUUUUUCUUCUUAUAUUUCGCGAUUUUUAAUCCUUGUUUUUUUUUCGGCAUUUUCAAUCGAAAUCGGUCGCAGUUUAUCCGAUUGUUGACGGAUCGUCGACGAAACGUGUUUUCAAAUAAAAUCUAUGUAGGUAAUAUGAUGGCCGUUAUACGUCGAUAAAAGUACAAUAUUUUAUAAAUAGUGUACCGAUUGUGCGGGAUUUAGAACGGUUUAAGUCACUCGUGAUAUAAUUAAGUACAUCAGAUUCUGGAAUACUCUGAUUUUUUCUCACCGUUUACCAAGGUACCCUAUAAAAAAAAUCACCAACAUGUUUCCUAUAAAAUUACCGAAGAUUUUCGCGAUUAACAAACUUUCGUUCAUUUAACCUCCGGUCAAAAUGUAAUAUUGCGAGCGCGUGCGUGUGUGCGUGUGUGCGUGCGAGUGUGCGUGUGUGUGUAUAUAUAGGUAUGCAUGUAUGUAUGUAUGUAUGUAUGUAUGUUUGUUUGUUUGUUUGUGUGUUUGUAAAAGUCCCUAUUUAAGUAUAAUAUUAAAAAUCGCGAACGAUUUUUUUUCAGCGUAGUUUUAGCGCUCGUUUUACAAUGUUCUAAUGCCGUUUUUGUACCACUGCAUACGUAUUUUAUUACUCAAAAAUGUACGUUUUAAUUAAAUUAUGGCUCACAGUGCCAUCUAUCCGAGCGCGAGUGUAGUACACGAAAAUCCCACCAGAGUGCAUUGUCUCUAUGGGUUCGAGCGCUGUGGGUGGUCCGUACCACCCACUGGCCCACCGUUGUUCGCCUGGGUUACCAACUGUCAGCGACGUAUUGAAUUAUGGGAUUUUUUUUACCUCCAACACCAACCCGCCAUUAUUAUUCUUCACCGCACGCGUACUAUAACUGGCGAUGGGUAUUACCAACCUAUACUUUCGUAAUACAUUUACUUGCUUUUGUCGGUCGUACUGUGUGACUAAAUUUAAUCGACUAAUCGCACUUUUUAUUCGACUGACGACUCGUGUCUCAUUUAUUCAGGUACAAAUCUGUCGAUCGUUGAAGAAUAUGCGCGUUUACGUACGAUUUUUUUUUCGUGUUCGAUAUUUAAUUUAAACAGAAUUCAAUGGUUAGUUUUUUUUUGUUUAAUUUUUUUUUUUUAGAUAAAAAUAAAAUUAUUAUUACCUAUGUAUGAAAAAUGUAAAGAUCAAUAUUUAUAUAGGUACUUGGCGUAUUCAUCAAUAUCGUAUUUGUCUUACAGUGAAUCGAAUGUUUGCAUUUAUUAGUAAAUAACAGGUACCUAACUUAAAUGCUUUAUUUUUCUUGCCACUCAUUCACAUUUUAACUCGAAUUCCGUUCAAUCUUUAAAUAAAAAAACCCCGUGCGUAUUUUAAUAUACGAGUUUGUUUAUAUUGUAUCAUUAAACAUUAAAACCGCGUCGCGUUAGUGUACCUGUUGCACAGUAUUACGGUUGAAAGUUGCGAGGACGUUCUACUUACCGUAUUUAAGGAGUUUUGUGUAGGCAAUUUUAUCGACGUUUUCCACAUGUCCGGAGCCGUGUACACUGGUCCAUAUGAAACAUCAAUAGAUAAUUAAAAUAUGGAUAGGCUAUCCAUACCUUAUCAGUGUUUCAAGGCGUUUCAUAAAGUGAUGUGUUUAUUGACACUGUGAUGAAUCGCCUCAGUUUACCGCCCCUCCGGGAACAUCGCUUCGCUUAUACCAGAAAUUUGUUUGAUAGUACCGGUAUCUUUUAUUUUACACCGGUAUACCAAAUUUUAGGAAAUUCGUCGACUUGCAGUUAGUACAAAAUAUCAUUAUCACAUCUAUAGUCCAUACUCAUUUGUUAUCACACCGGUACACUUACCUUCGAUAUAAUGGUCACUCUAGUCUUCUAUCUUUAUUCUUCACAGUUAAAAAAUGUCAAAAAAAAAACAACGGAGAAAAAAUUUCAAUCGUAAAUGUUAUGAUAAUUUGAUAGAACAUGGAACAGUGGAAUGAUCGCGAUGGGAACAUUAAGAAAGGAGGGAAUUAUACCGGUAUAAUAAAAAUUUCUAAUUUUUUUAUUUUAUACCGGUAUUAUUAAUUUUAAGGAGAAAUUUAUAUCGGUAAAACCAAACGAAUUCCUAGACAAUAUUGUUAUAGAAGUGCCCAUUUUUUUAUUAUCUAUGGGAAUAUCUAGGCAUAUUCAUCGCGGGUUUUGUUUUACAUAAUAGGUACACGCCCUCGUAGAUGUCCAUAUUAUACGGAUAAUAUAGAUAUCUGUGGCGCACUCUACCGGUUUCUUGUUCCGAGUACAAUGUUAAUUCCACGGGCUCUUCAAUGCGCCUCGUGAGCCUUUAUCUUUUAUUGAUAAAGGCGCCUAUCCCGGAAAUACAUAAGCACGAGCUCGAUACUUGUAUGAAAAAUCAAGCUCUAUUACAAGCGUUUAUUUAAAUAUACGGAAUGUAUAAUUUUUAAUUUGUACAAUAAUUGUUGAUUGAAUAUUAAAUUAUUUGAAUCGAUAAUACAUAAAAUACUAUAUUACUAUUAUUAUCACGUAUUUUUAAUAGUGUUAUAAUUAGCUGUAAAUACUCGAAAGUUGGACCGUUGUUAUUUAACCUCAUAGUUUCAAACAAUAAGUGCACCCUACCCAAAUUCAGCGAGGUCUGUAAACGCCACGGGCUCCACCGAUAUAUUCCCAUCGUAUCAAUGACCCAAAAACGAGUUUUUGGUACGAAAAUCUAAUUUUUUUUGUUGAUUUAUACACCCCUAUAUUUAAUUUAAACAUUUACUGUGAAAUGACGAAAUUCGAACGAAUUGGCAAAAUUCGAAAUCAAAAUAAACUUUUCCUAGUGUCUUAUUUCUGUUAAACGGCAGUCGUGGCGAUAAGCCGUAUCACAAUAUUAUUGUAUGGAUUAGAUAAAUUCGUCCACUGUAUACACAUACUAGAAACGCAAUUCGCCUAUAGUGCUUUUCACGAAAAGUGGCCCUCGACGGUGGCGUGCCUCGCGGCGAUAUUUCUACAAACCAGUGGUUCUCAUAUUUUUUAAUGUUAUUAAUUGUAUUAUUUGUAUUAGCAGACAAAUAAAAAUCGUGAAACUAAAUUAGCUGAAUUGUUCAUAAUUUGUAUUAUGAAAUACUGCAUUUAAAUUACGGUGUAAAAAAUAAUCAUUUAUAAGAUAAUAUACAAAUAAGUAAUUAAUUUAAACUUGCCUCACUUUGUUUCGCGCUUGUUUUAGAGCCCCUGCGUCUAAUAGUCUACUAGGCGCGCCACCGUCGAGGUCCUCUUUUCGUGAAAUCAACUACUGUCACUAAUGCAACUUUUUUUUUUUUCUAUUUACCAAACGCGAUGCUGAACGAAAUUCGGUGAAACGUUUUUUUUGCAAUGUCGCGAUUUUUUUUUACAUAGAUUAUAGUAUUAUUAAUUUUUUCUUAAAAUAGAUACCUAACUAUCUAUGCAUUUUUUGGUCUAUGGUUUUUGGUAGUUUUUCUGAUUUUGAGUUUUUCAUUGUUUUAACGAAAGAAAAAAUAAGAAUAUUGGAUACAGAGAAAUCGUAAAUUUAUCAAAAUCUCUACGAAGUCGUUGAUAAAUCAUUGGUAUAUUAUAUUAUUGUGAUAUUAAUGUGUAUGUAUUGUAUUAUUGUGUAUUGCUUAUUGAUUACUUUAUAAUUAUUGAUACCUAGUUAAUUAACUAAUGGUAAUCCAUUUAAUAAAAUAUAUAAUUUAUCAAAUUGUAACCCUCUUAAAUUAAAAUGUAUUAACUGUUGAUUUGCCUAUAAGCACUUACUGAUAAUUUAUAUUAUAUACAAUAUACCUAAGAAUUAAAUAUAUAUUGUAUCUAUCUAAAAAUGAUAUAGGUAAUAUUGAGUCUAUGAAAAUAAAUAGUUCAAAUAAUUUUGCUGAUAGGUAAAUACCUAAUUAAAAAAAAAAUAUUCCAUUUGAUAAUGCAUUAACACACUGAAUAAUUAUCAUCUACUUAUAUAUUAUCAGCUGUUAUAUAGUUAUAUUAUUAUUAAUACAUUUUACCCAUUAAAUUACAGGAAUCAGUGUUAAAGAUGAACCUGAUGAUCCAGAAAUUGAUGCAAUGGCUAUUAAAAUGAAAGAAAACUUUCAAAAAUCUAUUGCUACAGCGAGGCAACAAUCUGUUACUAAUAUUUAUAUUAAUAGAGCCGGUAGACCAGUAGCAUUAAAUAUUUACACUCCUAGUUCUAAUUCAUCUAAAGAUACUGAAAAUUUGCCACAAAAAGAUACAGAGGAUUAUCCUAGCGAAAGAGGUAAUGAGACGAACAAGGCAUUUUUUUAACAUAAAUUAGAUUUUAAUAAAUUAUUUUUAUAUUCAUAUAAAUAAUAUAGGAUUAUUCGGUUGGGAAGAAAUUGGAACAUGUCAAGUUCCUUACAUUUUACGGAAAAUUAAUGGAGAAAAUGUACGCUAUGUAGCUGUACGAAUAGCAGAAAACCAAUUGCUUCAAAAAUACUUGCACUUCUUGCACCAGGACAUAUACUCAUGUACUUGUGUGAGAAGUCAUUUCAUCUCGGAAUAUGAAGCAAAAGUACUUAAUGAAAUAAACAACAAACACAGCGAAAAUUUAUAUGGAAAAGAGCCAUUUUGUGUCGGAAAAGAUUUUAUUGUUCUUUUAGAGGAUGUCAAAGAAUUUUAUGCAUUUCUUGAAACCUGUUAUAAAAAAUUGCUAUGCAAUAUUGCACCUGGCCGCAGAGAAAGAUGUGGUUUCAUACGUAUCAAUUCAGAGUCUGUUGUACCAUACUGCAUCAAAGAAAACCAUAAAUAUGUUCCACUCUUCUAUUUUGAAGGUGAAACGGAUAACUUGAGACAUCGUGCUAUUAAGCUGGAAAACUGGCAUUUGGCGUACCUCAAAUUUUGUUGCAAGGUUCAGGGUAUCAGAAACGAGUUAUUUGCUAGUGACUCUUGCACUGUGACUAGUCUUGAUGACAUAAAAAAUUAUUUUCCACCUGAUACUGUUUUUGAAGAAUAUUGGCCAGCUAAGGUAGUUGACACCCAACUUCUUACUAAUGCAAAAACUGCAACUUACAAUACCCCGGGUUCCUGGAUUAGAAUACCACAUCCCUCAGAAAAUCCAUAUGCUGCAGUAGCAGCAGCAGCAGCAUCAGCAUCAGCAGUAGUUCAAACACCAACUCUACCACCACCUCCGAGUAUGCCCAUAUGGCCUUCUACACCUAAUCAAAUGGUAUGUAAUGUGCAUUCAUUUAUUGCUUUUUAUUUUACCAGCUGAUCAAAAAAUGUUUUUUUUGUUUUUCCUGUAUUUUUUUUAAUAUUAUUGUUAUUAUUUUAGAGCCGUUGUUACUAUUGUUACUACCAAUGAGCUCUAAACCAUCCGCUAGUCUAGUGGUCUAAUGAACACAUUUACUAGUUAAAUUUUAAAAUUUAUUUAUUUAAAAUGCACUAAUAGGCUUUAUCUAGACUCUAACUUUCAAGGUAGAGUUUACAAUUUGCAAAAAGUUGUUAAAGGCUGACUGGUUAGUAGUGCUUUCAAAAGACGAAAAUGUUAAAUUUAAGUAUUCAAUACAGAGAAGAGAUGGUUUUUUUUAAUUUUUUUAAGUUUGAGUAGUUGAGUUAACAAUUAAUAAUAACAAUUAUUUUACUCUUACAACCAAAUGGCAUUUUUAAUUUUUUUAAAAAAAGUUAAAGAUAAUUCUGAACAAUUUCAUUAAAUGGUUUUUUAUUUUGUUUUUAUAACCUAUUUGACCAUGUUUAUUACAGCGGCCCAUCUUAAACAUUGCUUUUAACCAGGUUACAAGAAGGUUAUAAGAAUUACAUGUAAGCAGUUAAUCAGGUUACUCUUUUGUUCAGGCUAACUUAUAAAGCAUAUUAAUGAAAUAAAUGUUAUUAUAGAGUUCUAAGCAAAUUAUUUCUCUAUCAGAUUAUAUAAAAUGGUUGAUUUCUUUACAAGUCUAAGAAAAUUAUGUUUUUUUUUUAAAAUUUUGUACUGACUGAUAACUAGUACUAGCGGUAUAAUUAUAAUAGUCAUUUAUCUUGAAAUUGUCUCUUAUGUUUCUAUUACGUUGAAAUUAACACUAGCUUAACGUGGUUCAAUAAAAUUUAGUGGGUAACAACAGCUCUAAUUACCAAUAUUUUGAGUACUAAACUAAAUAGUUCUAUUGGAUUCACUUAAACUUGCAUAAAAUAAAUUGGUUUUAUAUAAUCAUAUGCAGUAAAAUCCAGAGUGAACCCUCUUUUUAAAUAUUUUAGAUGUAUCUUUAAACAGAGAUUUCACUUUGAAUCUAACAAAGUAAUGGGAGAAAAAUGCUUUGAUGAAUUUUUUUUUUUAAUACAUGUCUUAUUUUUUUUUACCACAACCAAAAUAGGGAGUUUAUUUUAAUUUAUAACAAUAUGCAACAAUCUGAUGUAAUUUUAUUGAACAUGUAUUAAAAAAAUAUAUCUAUGAAUAAGUAAUGUUUUUGUAGAUAAACACUAGUUCAUAUAACCCUCAGUCUCAGCAGUUGCCACCUCCUAGCUAUCCUACUGUGACCAGAAACCAAAGUGCCGCUGUCCAAUAUUAUAACUCGGUAUUUUUUUUUAAUCGUUCUUAAUAAUAAGUUUUAACUGUUAAGUUAUUUGUAUUUAUCUUACUAACAAAUUAAAAAACUUACUUAUUCUAGUAAUAAAAUAUCCAAUAUAAACCUAAUAAAUUUAAUUGCAUGGUAUUUUUCUCUGUGUUCAAAUAAAAUAUCAAACAUAACUUUGUAAUGUUAAUUAUUAUACAUUUUGAAAAUUAUAAUUUGUCUACUGUGUUACAUUCAAAUAUAUGCUAUCUACUACAUGCUUGAUGAUACAAUAAUAUGCUAUCCAAAAGAAGUAAUCACUUUUACUGAAAUUUCUAUUAAAAAAAAAAAAAAAAAAAAAAAACCUGCACUUAUAUAAUGUGUUUUUUAGUUAAACUAAUAUAAUGUUAUUGUAUUAAUAAUUAAUAAUUGUAAGUUUAUCAAGAUUAAUCCGCAAUUAGCUCAGAAUCAAUUUUUGUUAGCAAUUAAUUGUUUUGUACAGCAGAUAAGCCUUAUACAUUCGAACUUUUUUAACUUUUUUUCUACAGUAGUAGCAUACCUAAAAGUAGGCUGCAAUAUUUUUAUAAUAUUUAUUUUGGUGCAUCCAUAUUUUGUUAAGAGGAUUGGUAACUGUGAUUUUCUGUCUUUGUCUUAUAUACGUGCAACAUAGGAAUUUAGACAUGUUCUAUUCCCAACACACUGAUUGGUCUAGUAAAGUGAUAAGAAUUCUAAAAACUGAUUUGCAUUUGUCGUCAAGUCUAUUUGAAUUCAACUUUUCCAGAUUUAUAAUUUUUUAUUUUAAUUUUUCCAAAAGUUUAAAUAUUCCAUUUUUUUGAUUACUCCUUUUUAAUAUGGUUUUUUUUAGGAUUUAAAUAAAACCAAAAAUUUAGGAAAGUUGAUUUCAAGUAGACUUGACGACAAAUUCAAAUCUAUUUUGGGUAUUCUUAUCUCUUCACCAUUCGGUACAUUGGAAAUUAAACAAAUCAAAAUUCCUAUGUUGCAUGUGUGCAAGACAAAAACAGAAAAUCUUCACUUCCAAUCCUCUUAAAUUAAUUAUAAUUUUAACUUAACUUUAAAUAUUGUCUGUAAUUAAUGAUUUUAUGGGGUGACAUCUGAAAAGAUUUUGAUAAGACUGGGUAUUGUUUUACUAUCAUGACAAAUGUAAUUCGGUUCUGGAUAUAAUGUGGCUUAAUAAUUCAACCAAUUAUGCCCCCCCUCCCAAAAAAAAAAAAAAAACUGAAAUAAAUUUUUUAUUUUGUUUAUUUAACUUGAUCUGUAAUAUUGCAGAAGAACUUAACAAAAUAGAAGUACUACAAUUUAAGCAUGUAGAUAUUAUAUAGAAGAUAUUAAAAACAUAUAGCAUAAAACAUUAUAGUUUAAUUAUAUAGCAAAAUUAACAUCAAAUUAUAGUAGAUAGUAAUUUUGGACUAGUACUAUCUUAAGAUAACUGAUAAAUAUCAUUAUGUCAUUUAAAUUCUUGUGUAUUAUAAAUAAUAAUACAAAUAAAACUGCUUGUAAUUAGAUAUUGAAAAUAUUUGCAAUUUACCUCUAGGCAACAUUAUAUAGUUUGUUUGAUGUACAAUAUUACAGUUUAAUACCUCAUAAAUAACAGCAUUACAUAAAUUGUGUUUUUAUUUUGCUUAACUAUUAAUUAUUAUAUUUUCUAUAAUCAGUUUCAAAGUCACAGCUCUUUAUGUUCUGUUUAAAUUAAAUUUUUAGAACCCAACAUUGAUGCAUCAAGGUAACACUCCAAUAAACAACGUAGCGGGACAUGCUCCUCCACCACCUUUAGUUCGGGCAGGCCUACAGCAGCCUGUUCCUAUUGUGUAAGUUUUGAAUAAAACCAGGUUUAAUUAAACCUGAAAAUAACAUUCAUAUCAACAUUUAAUUUGUAGUAAUUCUGGGUCUUACUCCAAUGGAUCCAUCAACUCUACCUCAAUGUAUAGUCCGUCCAAUAGCAAUGUCUCUCACUCCAGUCAAGGACGGCAGUUUUAUGGUGCUCCACGUUCUAGUAGUGUUGUCCAGGUUCAGCAACAGCAACAGCAACCAAUGAUAAAUCAGUCACAGCAAUCAUAUGGAGCUCAAUCAUUGCUUGGUGGAAACACAAAUACCCGAAUGGGCAACAACCAACAACGUAAUAUUUUGAGAAAUGCAACUCUUACGGUUCCACCUUCUGAAAUCAUCGAUUUAUCCUCGCCACCUCCUAGCCCACCUCCACAGCAAGAUUUGAGUCGAACUAAUAAUACUCAAUGGACUUUAAAGAGGAUACCGGAAAACUCCGCACAGUGGCAACAAAAUAGUAAUGGUGCUGCAUAUAAGGUUAGUAAAUAACAAUUAUAUUGUUUGUUUGGUAUAUUGAGCAUUAACUACAAAAAUAAAACCAGUAAUCCCAAAAAAAAAAAAUGUUUCAUGGUAAUUGUUAAAUUUUUUACAAAAAUUAUUAAUAUUGUUGUAUAACUGUAUAAAUUAAAUAAACAUGUUACAAUUUGAUGGAAAGUUAUUUCCUAAAUUUUAAAAAAAAAAAUUUAAAAAAAAUUGAAUACAGACUUUGGUAAUUUGGGAUUCAAUUUCUAUUAUUAUCAAACUAAACUAUAUUCUUACAGGUCCAAUAUCAAAUUUGUUAUAUAUUAAUAAUUAAAAAUUUAAUUGCUAAAUUAAACUAAGAAAUGUUCGUUUUUCGCUAUAUUUUGUAUUUAUUUAAUAAUGUCAAUGUAAAACAUUUAAUAUGGAAAACCUAAAUAAUAUAGAAUAAAUAUUAUAAACUUGUUACAUUAUUUUUUAUCGGUGCUGAAUAUGAAUGUAACAACCUAGUGGUCCUAAGAAAAAUAAAAUAUUUUUUUUAAAAAGGCUCACCUAUAAUAUUUAUUAUUUUUGUACUAUUUUGUAAAUAUACCUUAUUUUUAAUGUAGAUCCAAAAGGCAACCCUGCAAGGUAAAGUUCUCUACUGCAUUAACUCGAGACCGUUCAUAUAUUCGGAUUUAAUGUUAACAUUAGACGACUUGGUGCAGUCUGUUUUUCCAACAAGCAGUGUUGCAACUGUUGCACAAUUUUUGCAGAAAUAUUUGAAAACUACAUUGUACAGUGGAAAUUCGUAAGUUUUUACUACAGCUAUUGAUUAUGCAAUAGACAGAUUAGCCCUUAGUAAAAGUAUAUUUGUUUACCAUCUGUAGGAUGUUAUUAUAGAGCUCUAGAUUCAUUUGCAUGAGAAUUAAAUAUCACUAUACUAUUGGCUAUCUAUUUAUUGUAUAAUUAUUGCUACAGUGAAUUACACUGACGUGUUAUUUAAUAUUUAGUAACAUACUCUAACCUUGGUUUUGUGAUUUUUUAUGUGAACAGUGAACAGAUGGCAGUGUUAAGAGAGAAUGGACGCCUUAGAUCGCUGUUCCCAGAUGACACUCCCUUGGCUAUGCUGCAAGAUGUAACACAUGUGUUUUUGCAGCUCAAAAGCCUGAUUGCCAAACAGGAUGAACAAAUACAACCUUACCAGACCAAUGGACCAUCAAAGAGGCAGCGGACGAGCUAGGAAUGGGGUACUGGGCACGGCGGAAGUCGACCCGACUGGCCAAAACCGGCAACGACAGACAGUGGUUUAGCCACUCAAGUCAACAGUGCCACGGUGUCGGGUUGGUCCCCCUUGACUGCGACAAACGACAGCAAUGAUUGGCUUAACGCUGCUGCCGGAUUAUCGCACUCAGCUCAGCAGAUACCCCACCACAACACAUACUCAUCAAGCCGAAGCUCUUGGCCGCCGGCCCCACCUUACAUGUAAUUAUUUGAAGAGUACCUUCCUUUUUUGUAUUUAGUUCCAUUUAUGUUCUCUGUUGACCUCUUGUUGUUUAACAAGAUAAGUGGUCAGAGAUUCAUUUUGUAUUGUAUAAAGUUACUUAGUGUAAUAUAUUUUUGUAUGUGUAAUAAAGCUUCAGUUUUUACCUGUUAUAACACUACUGCCUGACAAAAUAAUCGUUUGAUUUAAUCGAUCAUCCUAACGAAAUAUUAUUUUUGGUAUUUUGUUCCUAAACAGUUUAUGUAUAUUAUUAUUAUUAUUAUUAUUAUAAAUAUUGUGUGCAAGAUAAUUUAAAUUGUUUAUAAUAAUUUAAAGCAAUUUCUCUUAUAUAUUUGAUAUUUUGAAUUGUUAACAGUGUAUAUAGUUGUAUAUAAUGUAUAUAAUUACUCAUUGAUUUUAUUUCAAUGCCCUUUAAUACCACUAUAUUAUUAAUUUGACUUUUGUAUUUACUUAAAGAAAUAUGAUAUUUUUGAGUAUUUAUUUUUAAUUUUUUAUAUUUUUGACUACCUUUUAAUAAAGUUGUAUCAAUGUAUCUUCAUUUAAUUUUUGUAUGUUAAGUUUUUCAUAUUUUAUGAGUUUAUAAUAAUAAGUCACUUAUUGUUUAU